CGCAGAACACCUGUUUUCGUAAUUCGCACGUUUUGUUUGUAAAUAAAGGAAUUAAUUAUGUUGGCGCCAAUCAAGCAUUUGUUGGGCAACUACCGCAUCGUCCUGGCCAGCGGCUCACCGAGGAGGCAGGAGCUGGUCACCAUGCUGGGCUUAAAUGCCGAGCUGUGCCCCUCUACGUUCGAAGAGGACUUGAACCCGGACGACUAUAAGGAAUUCUCGGACUAUAUAGAAGCCACAGCCCUCGGAAAAGCAGAGGAAGUCUUCGACAGGUUAAGCGCCGCCGGGGACAACAAGAAUCUGGUGGUAAUUGCGGCCGAUACAAUGGUCACCUUGGGAAAGGAAAUCUACGGCAAGCCCAAGGACCCCGCCGACGCCAUCAGGAUGCUUGAAAAUUUAUCUGGAAAAUCAAACCGCGUAUUCAGCGGAGUGAUACUGAAACAUGCUAAAGGAGUUCGCAAAUUCACGGAUACGGCGGACGUUUACUUUGGUGAGCUGUUACCAGAACAAAUCAAGAACUACGUAGAUUCAAAGGAUCCCCUUGACAAAGCUGGAGCCUAUGGUGUCCAGGGACCUGGAGGCGCCCUCAUCCAACGAAUUGAUGGCGAUUUUUACUGCGUCAUGGGCCUGCCACUGCACCGGCUCUGUUGCGAAUUAAACAAGUUAUUUCUGGAAGACCUCUCCUAACUGAAUUGUCAACGUCGCGCCCAUCACAUCCAAACUGCCUUAAAUGUAUGCGGCAACAAGCGUCAGAGGCUACUCACGACACGGUGACUUUAAUCUCGGUUGAUAAGCGUCUAUAUCUCUACGCCUUGGCGUAGGUUUGUUUGUUUUUUUUUUAGCUACAGUCAAUUAAAAAUAAAAAUUUAAUAACAGCGA